UCUGGGGCCCAUCAAGGCAAGUAAAAAGUGCUGCAGCCAUUUUCUCGUUCACCUGUACGAAAAUCGUGAAACUCGGGUUGUGAUCGGGACGGAAAAGUGACUUGGACGGGCCCGCGAUUUCGUGGUUUUUCCGAUAAUCGCAAACUUCGAGGAGAAAAAGGGGGACUGCAAUUAGGAGAAAAAUGGAUGUGACCAGUGUGUGUUGACAUAUAGUGGGAACAAUUAUUUAUUAUUGUGACGUUUGUGUGUCCUCCGCCGCUCUUGCAACCUGCUUGGUGCUUUAGGCGGAGCGUGUAAAGGAAAACUCGAAGCCCUGGAAGGUUUAAAAGUCCUCACCAUGGGCAACAAUGCCGCUACGGCGAAUAAAAAGGUCGAUUCCGCGGAGUCAGUCAAGGAAUUCCUCGAUCAGGCCAAAGAGGAUUUUGAAGAGAAAUGGAAAAAGAAUCCGACAAACACGGCUUCUUUGGACGAUUUCGAACGGAUAAAAACGUUAGGAACAGGCUCAUUCGGACGAGUCAUGAUAGUACAACACAAACCCACCAAAGAGUACUACGCCAUGAAAAUCCUGGACAAGCAAAAAGUUGUAAAACUCAAGCAAGUCGAACAUACGCUGAACGAGAAACGUAUCCUCCAAGCCAUUAGUUUUCCGUUUUUAGUUAGUUUGAGGUUCCAUUUUAAAGACAAUUCUAACCUCUAUAUGGUCUUGGAGUAUGUGCCAGGUGGCGAAAUGUUUUCCCAUCUUCGAAAAGUGGGACGGUUCUCUGAGCCGCAUUCGCGAUUUUAUGCUGCUCAGAUAGUGCUUGCUUUCGAGUACCUGCAUUACUUAGAUCUGAUUUACAGAGAUCUGAAACCUGAGAACUUACUGAUAGACUCGCAGGGCUAUCUCAAAGUUACCGAUUUCGGUUUUGCCAAACGUGUCAAGGGCCGCACCUGGACCCUGUGUGGAACACCAGAAUAUUUAGCUCCAGAAAUUAUUCUUAGUAAAGGUUACAAUAAAGCUGUUGACUGGUGGGCAUUGGGUGUUCUUGUUUAUGAAAUGGCCGCAGGAUAUCCACCAUUUUUCGCUGAUCAACCUAUUCAAAUUUAUGAGAAAAUUGUAUCGGGCAAAGUACGUUUCCCAUCGCAUUUUGGCUCAGAUCUAAAAGACCUUUUACGUAACUUAUUGCAAGUAGAUCUUACAAAACGCUAUGGCAAUUUAAAAGCUGGUGUCAACGACAUCAAAGGCCACAAAUGGUUCCAAUCGACGGAUUGGAUUGCAAUUUUCCAAAAGAAAAUCGAGGCACCCUUUAUACCUAGAUGCAAAGGUCCAGGAGACACCAGCAAUUUUGAUGAUUAUGAGGAGGAAGCAUUACGCAUAUCGUCGACUGAAAAAUGCGCCAAGGAAUUUGCUGAGUUUUAAAGGAUCAUUCUUUUUAUAUAUCUAUAAUUGGCUGAUCAAGGAGUUUUUCGAAGCUCAAUGGUAUAAGAAACAAGAGUAAUGGUUUGUACCAUGUGAUGGAGAUUUUUAGUGUAUUAUAUUUUAAAAGUAAUUCUUAUUUAUUAGCGUAAAUGUAUAUAUUGUAUCAUAGUAAGUUAAACACCUAUAGCACUAUUUACAUUAAAUAGGGCAAAAGCAAAGAAAAUGUUAUUUAAAGCUGGGGUGCGCCUAUCUUGGGGCAUCUACUAAAGAAAAUCCUAGUAAGAAUAUUAAGUAGCAAAAAAAUUUUAUUUCUUGAAAAAUUGAUUCUUGUAGGUAUGAAUGUUAUAUAUUUGAUUUUUUUUUUCUCAGAAUAUUCAAUAACUUAUUGAAGCCUGAAUAGAGAGGUUCCUACUUUACCUACUUACAAUAUGUAUCAGAUUCUGGUACGUUUUAUGGAGGUGUUAAAAUAUCUAUUAUUGAUUUAAUGCUCACUAUUUAUCAAAUUAAUAAUGUUUUUUAAGUUGUUAUUGCAAAAGGUCUAGCAAAUUAAGUACGUAACUAAUUUAAACGCCAUUAAAUGACAAUGUUAUGUGCGUGCAAUUUAAUUUUUCAAGAUUACUUAUAAACUCGUAUUUUUCAAACUAACUAAAACUAGAUUUUAAAUUAAGCUUUUAAAUUGGCUACUUAGAGCAGGAUGAAAAUAAAUGACAAUACAUCAAUAGAAGUGCAUGAAUAAAUUAGAAAAUUCAUUAAAUUAGUGCAAUACUUGAUGAAUGAAAAAUGUACUAACAGUUAAGGCGCAUACAAGUUCAAGAAAACUUAAGCGUCAUAUUUCCUGUACAUUGCUUAAUUAACAAGUGUAAUAUUUUUUGAUUAAUAAACUUACUUACUUACUUGUGUGAUUCUAUUGUUAAGCUGAACAAAAUGUUUCGUCCCACCAUGAAUAAAGAAAUAGUGGACUUUAAAUCAACUUUUUGCUAUUAAUAUUUUAAACUAAAUAGAAAUCCUAGUCAAUUUAUCAUUAUGUUAAUUAUUUAGUUAGGAGUUGUCCUGGAGAUGUUCAUUUUAUUUUUAGUAAUGUUAAAUUGAAACUUUAAAUUUAAUUAUGAAAAUAUCAAGAUUAUAAAUAGUUAUAAACAUUCAUACACACAUAUCUACUGUUUUCCUUCAAGAAUUUUUGUAAGGCAAAGUUGUGGCAUGUAUGUAUGUAAUCGACAGAAAUAAUAUUUUCGGUUGCGGCAAGACUAUUUUAAUCUCAGUUCAGCUAAAGUUGGCAAGUUGUUGGAUUAUAAUGUCACAUUUUCCAAACAAAAUUUUUAUUCAAUAAGAAUUGGGUGCAUUUUAGAUUUUGCAUCCACAAUGAUAAUUGAAAAACCAGAGAUUUUCUUUUUUUCAACAAAUAGCCUUCAUCAAUGCAGUGUUUCAAUUUCCGUUUUCAUUUCUUUGACCAUUUGGACUCGAGUCACUUUUUCGUUGGUUUUAGUGUGGCCCAGUAAGCUGUGAUGCAAAAUCCUCCUUAGCCUAAAAUCCCUGUAAGGAACGUGUUUAUUGUUUUUAUCGGUCAAAGUAGGUAACACUCGCCCCAACGUCAACAGUGACCGAUUAAUAUUGGCCAGUAAGCAGUUGAUUGAAACAGUACCCUGGUUGACGAAAUUACAUUUUGUUGUUAUUGCUGUUAAGUUUAUCAAAAUAAUAAUAUGUUUAUUGAAAAUUUAUUAAUAUCCAAAAAUUCAUUUAGCCUUGGACUUUCACUCCAAUAAAACACUAUUUAUUUUUAUGUGCUCCAGUUCAUUGAACGGCUUCCACCUUGAAGGUAAAAGGCUUGAAGCAUGCAAGCGAGAGAAGGAAUUCGCAUCAUAGUCGUGCGCAUUCUUAAAAUUAACGAUUUUCUACAUUGCAUAUUGCAAGUGCUGUCGCAGAUUUGGGGUUGGUUUUGGGAUGACCGAUAAAACGUCGUCCCGAAACGCACCACACGUGGGGUCUAAUUGGAUCUGAUUAGGCUUUUAAAUGGUUUUGAUGUGGUUGAUAAAGAGAAAUUAAAUUUUUUGGCUGGGCAAACAGCCUCUCAUGUUGUCAUCCAAGGAAAAUGUUCUCAUAAUUAUCAUCGAUAACUCGAGUUUGUCUUCUAAUAUUUACAUGUAGGACUUUGUUUCUUAGGGAUAGGUUCCAUAGCUCCUUGGGCAGCCCUUUUCCGAUUGACAGAUUUUUUGUUGUUGUCAGAGUCAAGUAUUCUUGUCCUCAGGUGAGAACUGAUGACAAGACACAACUUUCAAAGAACUUACCUUUGUCCAUAUAUUAUAUACCGAGAUGCAUACUACCUAAUUAUUAUUUUAACUGUUGGUAUUGAAUAUUAGUAAUGCCGUUGUGAUGUGGAAGUCCAUUUUCUCAAACAUGAGUGUAAAUAUUUUUGAUCAGAUCAUAUCACCUUGGCAUAGGUACUCGUUUUUGGAUUGGAACUUUUUCUAUGGUAGGUACAUUUGCUAUUAAUGUUUUUUUAUAAGACUAUUACAUCUAUGGUCUAUUCAACGUUCAAUAACCUAAGCUUAUAGAAUUUUGAAUGGUAUUUUUGCCUAUCUGUGUGUCUUGUUACUGACUAUAUUAUUAUGUUAUGUUUUAGUUUUGACUUCUUGAACUCGUAUUUCUUGCUUUAUAUUAACUUGAAGACACUCGCUGAUGCUGCGAUUUUGUCUUACAAAAUGCUACCAAGUUAUAAUUACAUUAUUCAUCAUUUUAUGAUCUGAUUAUAUUAAUAAACAAUGUUAGUUCGUUUACAUGAUCGUUUAGCGGAACUAAGUAGUUGUCAUUUUUUUCCCCUUUAUACUACAAUAUUCAAAACUGCCCCUUAUUGAUAGCAUAAAAAUGAGUUCUAUAUUUAUUAAACCAAAAUUUGUGCAAUAUUAUUUUGUUGAAUGCAAUUUUCAUAUAAUUCCCUCCAUAAAUGCAAUUUGGUCUUGAUAAAGAGGUUCGCUUUCAAAAUUUAACAAGCUAAUAAUGUUAAUGUUCAAAAUCACAUUAUGUGGUUGGACCAUAAUAGACUGUAUAUGUUUUGAUUGAAUACCUACGUCAAAAAAUGCCGAUGAAUGAAAUGGAUCAACAAGAUAAGAUUAUUCAAAACAAAACAUGUACAAAAAUUGCUAAUUAGUAUCACUAGAUCACUUAUAGAUAAUCAUAGGAAACCUUAUGUUUAUUGUGUAAAAUAAUUCGAUUCAACCAUCUAUAUGUAAAGAAUGAUAAUAAUAUUAAUAAUUGUAUCUAAUGUGUCUGUAGAUGCUUUGAUUUUAAACAAAUCUUUAUUAUAAUAUUUUGAAGUUAUUAUCUUGCUGAAAACUGUAGAAUUACCUUUUCGAUGAAAAAAUAUUAUGAUAAAGUGGAAGAUGGCAUGUAUGUUUCCUUAAAAAAAAAACAUACAGAUUGUUUGAAAAUCAUCGCAUUGUUUUAUUUUAAAAUAGUUUUAUUAUAAAUAGAUUUGGUGGUUAGUCAAACAUACUGUAUGAAAUAAUUACUACUUACUUAGGCCUGGUUUAUUCACCUUCUGAUAAACUGCAAUCUGACUGCUAAAAACGCAAUCUAAAAUUCUAUUUAUCCGCCGGUAAACUUAUCUUGUAAACAGCUACCAGUAAGUCAAUCUAAAGAUGGAUAAAUCGGCUAAAAAAAAAACUUAUUCUAGUUCGUUAUUAUAAUAGAAUUAAAAU